UUUUAGUAUACACCAUGUAUCUCACCAAUACCGCGAGCACACAGAUCAUGUAAAAUGUCACACAUUUUGUGUAACAACAAUCAAACUACUUCUGUCAUUUCAUGAAUUCCAUUUUCAUCUACAUGUGGUGCACAGGGAUUUGUGAAGUGUUGCUGGUGUUCUGGUCAUACCAUGCGUCAAACAAUCAUCAGGAGGUGUAAAUGCUGCUCAAAGUCUCAUAUUUCCUGACACGAUAGUUUACCUCACCCCGAUAAUGAGACAUGUUGAAAUUAUGAGAUCCCCUUGGUUAGCUUAAAGUUACUAAGUGAAAUUCAUGAAAUGACUGAAUCUGAGUGUAUCAUAUAUUGAUAAUGCAUUACACCCAUUCAUCAACAUAAAAUAUAGUACACAAACAAAAUGCCCAACCCCCACUUCAUUACCCCGUGAAUGCUAUUCAAACCCCUCCCACAUCCACCUCUCCCAUCAUCAUGCGGUCAGUAAUGACCAAUCAUUGUCUGGUGUGACGUAAUUAAUCAAGGAAUUACUCCGCGCGGGUUGAGGUUAUCUUACGUAUAUAAAAGGUCAGGUCACCGGUCACUGCCCACCUUACCAGCACACAGCGACAGGAGAAGACAGAGAGAAUGACAGAAGCGUUGACGACCACCAUCCUCAUCACCAUGACCCUGGUGAUGGGAGCAUCAGCGAUGGGUAACAUUGCAUCACAGUUGCCUCGGCGUUGCAUCGUGCAACACAACAUCUUACUGAACUGCCUUGGGACCGGAUCUAGAGACCUGAUCGAGGGCUAUCACCCGAAAAUCAUCCGAGUGAGGGGGAGUGGAUGGCGUUCACCAUUCUCCAUUAACGGACAGGCCUACCCAAACCUGAAGCACGUGGAGCUGCGACUCUCAUCCGUUUCAUGCAGCGACAUCACGAAACCCGACUACGUCACAGUUAACGUUGUUGGUCGGGUUUUAUGCCAACAACAGGUAAGCAUUAUCUUUCUUUCCGAGUGUCUCACACACACACACACACACACACACACACACACACACACACACACACACACACACACACACACACACACACACACACUUAUAGAAUAUUAUUAUGUGUGUUUUACAACUAUUUUUUGUUAUUCAUGUUACAGUCAACGUCAGUCACCUCUCCAGGAACAACAACCCCCAGCAACCCAAGUUCAACAGAUUAUACUACCACUCCAACAACAGCCACCUCUUCCCAACACCAACACCCAACAGAGACGCCCAUGGAUGGGAACACCACCACACACCAGGCUACGCUCAACAACUCCACUACCCGAGAGUUUGCGCAAGAAAUCGAUGCGUGGAUUCCACCAGUCAUAUCCGUUCUGGGACUUGGAUGGGUCGUCUUGGGGAUCGCGUGUGCCUACUAUUGGGGGGUAUGCAAACGGUGCCGCCGAGGCCGAGGGUGUUGCAAGCGACGAGAACAACAUGAUAUUGAAAUCGACAUGUUAGACAUUUCGGAAAUAGACAGAGCGCGACGGCAGUCACCUUCGGAGCCCGCGAUUAUCCAUCAUCGGCACCUCGAAUAGAUGCGACUUUGUGUGUGGAGGUGAUUGUAACUCGCAUUAUCUAUUACAGGCAUCGCAAAGUGUGUGAUGGAGCUCCUUCUCUGGUUUGUUGCUGGGUUCGCUCUUCUCAUGAGGGAGAGAAUCAUUCGCCACCUUCUGGACUAUGUGCAGCGCAUUCCCCAACAGCUGGUGCGCUUGCAACAGGAACAACAACAGCAACAACAGCAACAACCCCACCAGCCACACCACCAGCUUGCUCCGCAACACCCCCAACAGCUCCAGCAACCUCCACCAACACAUCACCAACAACAACAACCUCGUUCACAACAACAGGUGGAAGCGAACCUUCCACAGCUCCCCAGACGCUCCACACGUCGAAGGAGAGCGCCAAAUAGACUAUCCUACUGAUUGCAAUAAUGUGUGGUGUUUUAUUUGAUUGUUGCGUCAUGUAUUGUUAAUGUAAUUGUGUGUGUGUGUGUGUGUGUGUGUGUGUGUGUGUGUGUGUGUGUGUGUGUGUGUGUGUUUGUAAGUACUUGUUGCGAUGUAUAUAAUUAAUGUAUUUGCGUGAAUAUGUGUAUUUCUAGUCGUAAUCACCAUAAUGUAGAAUAAAU